AGUAGGCAAGACAGACGACACAAGAAGACGACUAGACGUUCAUCAAGGCCUAGAUCUACAUUGUUCACACGCUGCCCGGUAAAUAUUGCUGCCAAAAAUUAUAGAGAGACAUUAUUAUAAGGCGGCGUCAACAUGACUGGGAGUGACGAUGGUAUUCCUCGAGAAUUGAAAGAGAAGCUAGCCAAAUUUGACACUCAUUUGUCCGAAUUAGAAGGCAGCCUUUCACACAUGUUCUCUUUGACCAGAGCAGAAAUUGUUGAAAAGGUUGAUGCAAUAGAUGUUGCCAAAACAGACCUGGUUGCAGCAUAUGCAAUUAAUUCUUUAUUUUGGAUGUAUUUAAAUGUCUGUGGAAUAAAUCCUAAGGAGCAUGCAGUGAAACAAGAACUGACAAGAAUUCAAAGUUAUAUGGCCAGAGUGAAAGAAGUUGAAGAGAAAAAGAAGGAAAAGGCAAAAGCACCCAAGCUUGACAAAAAGGCCAGCCGGCGGUUUAUCAUGAGUGCAUUGUGGCUCUCAGCUCAAAAGAAUGAAGAGACAGGAGCUUCUACGUCUGCAUCACAAGAAGAAGGCCAGGAGACACAAGCUGAACAGCAGAAUGUGAAAAGUCAAGGCAAGAAACGAAGACGGGAUGAGAGAUGAAAUCCCAGUUAGGGUAAACUUAACUGGGAGAGGGAAAGACAUUGCUCGAUUAAUUAUGACUCAAGCCGUUGCCGUAUAUUUGCAUGGAUUCCAGGAGUCUUACAAGAAAAUUAACCAUUUCUUCACAUAAUUUUUGUUUUCACUGAAACUGUUACUAAAUUUGUUUCACUGAAACUUACUUUUAUUUUGGCUACUAGAAACAAGAUUCUUGAUUUGAUUAGACCUCUGUGCAGCAUAGUACACAUUGGUAGAGGCCUUGUGUAUACAUAUGCAGUCAAAGUCCUUAUAAAUUGCACAUGCUUGUCGCAGCUGUGUUUCUAAGAUCAACAAUAUUCCAAUCCAUAAGACAGUGAGGGUUGGAUUUUCAUCAUUACUUUGUCUGGGGCUUGUCCUAGUCCUUCUGACUCUGUUGCUGUCACAUACUUCAUGCACUCUUUCUGUUUUUUUCCUCCAUGUAGAGAUCCAUCUAUGAACCUGUUCCCGCAAUAAAUUUUGCAUUGCACAUAUUUUUUUAGAGUCUGAAUAAGUUGUAAGUUAGAGAAGUAAGUAUAGGCAUAGACUGAAAUUCCUCACUCACACAAGACCUGGUCUAUGUAUUUGGAUGGAUGGAUGGAUGGAUAGAGUAGAGGGAUACCUGGAUGAUGUGUGUAUUAUGUGUUCAUGUACAUAGCCUGUGUAUAUUUUGUCCAUGCCCUUUUAACUUUUAUCACUUUAGCAGUAGGAAAGCUUGGAUUUGUAUUUUGUGUGUUAAUUCCAGUUGAGAGUUUUUGAAUUGAUCAACAAUCAUAACUUAAAUAAAAGCAAGUGAAAUACA